AUGUGCGCCGUCUACGUGCUGACAAGCCUCUUCUUCACGAUGGCGGACGCCGCCCUGUUCAACCUGUCGCUGCUGACCAGCGAUUUCUACAGCGCGCUGUUCGCGUGGCAGGUGCAGCACGGGAGGAUGUCGUGGUUGUACGGUGUGGCGUUCUGCCUGUCACUGGGAGGGCUCGGCACGGCGGUGGACCACGUGCAGCCCCCGGCUGCGGCCGAGCCCGCGCGCGGCCUGCGCGAAGCGGCGUUGCUCUGCAGCGAGGCGCCUGCGCCGUGCGGCGAGGGCGCCGCGGCCGUGGGGCAGCAGGAGCCGGCGCCGGGACACGGGCCCGCCCGCCCGCCGCGCGGCAGUUGGACCUCCGCCCGGGACGCG